CUAGUGCACUACUUUUUAACCAUUUGAGCUUCGACAACGUCCUCAGUUCCUGGUCACAGAGUUGUUGUUGUUGUUUGGUUGUAGGCAAGGCGAUGCUUUUGGAAAUAAAGUUGUGUUUCACGGUCAAACUGGAGUAAACACGACACAAUGAGCUGGAUUCCGUUUAAGAUCGGGCAACCGAAGAAACAGAUCGUUUCGAAGAUGGUUGAAAGGGACUUUGAGCGGGAAUACGAGAAGCUCCAGAAGUUAGAAGACCAAACAAAGAAGCUGCAUAAAGACAUGAAGAAAAGCACAGAGGCUGAUACAGCAAUGUCUAAAGCUGCCACAAAGAUAGCCGGUGACUUGCUGAGUAACCCGCUGUGUGAGCAGGACCAAGCCUUCCUGGAGUCUGUGAUGUCUCUGGAUACAGCCAUGAAACGAAUGGAGGCGUUUAACCAGGAGAAGGUCAAUCAGAUUCAGAAGACCGUGAUCGAUCCUUUAAAAAAGUACAGCAGUGUGUUCCCCAGUCUGAACAUGGCGGUGAAACGGAGAGAGCAAGCCUUGCAGGAUUAUAAGAGACUGCAGGCAAAAGUGGAGAAAUACGAGGAGAAGGAGAAGACUGGACCCAUGAUGGUCAAACUCCAUCAGGCAAAGGAAGAGUUGAGGCCGGUCAGGGAGGAUUUCGAAGCCAAGAAUAAGCAACUGUUGGAAGAGAUGCCCAAAUUUUACAACAGCCGCAUCGACUACUUUCAGCCGAGCUUCGAGGCACUUAUCCGAGCCCAGGUGAUCUACUUCACAGAGAUGCACAAGAUCUUCAGUGACCUGACGGAUCAGAUCGAUCAAGGCGGCCUGACGGACCAAGAGCGGGAACAGCAGAACGAGUCCAAGCUCAACGAACUGCGUGCUCUGUCUAUCGUAGCAGACGACUGAAGCAAAAAAAAAAAAGCGGGUGUCUCUGGUUUCUGUCCCAGGUUUCUUCUUCUUCUUCUUCUUCUUCUUCUUCUUUCUCUCAUCGAUCGGUCAGACGGCUGUGACACGCAACAGCGGCAGGUCAGACGUAGCGAAGAGGUAGAGAAUUGUCCCUCUGUUUGUUUUUCGACCUCUGUUCAGAAGGUCGAGUCUCUUUUGUGAUCAGGGUUCUAGUUCGAUUCCCGGUUUGUUCCUUGACGACAGUAAAAGGAGAGGAAGGGCUUCGUCAGGCAGAUUCACUACACCAUGAGCUGGAAGGAAGGGAGCGCAGUUUGUGAGAAGUGAAAGAUCUGAUGGUGAGUAGAUCAGAUCAGAGCAGAGCAUCACUGGAACCGUGCUUGUUCUUUAUGUAUAAAGUGUACGUCAGGAACCACGACGUGUUCGUUAAACGUCCGGCCUUCGCUCUGAACACUAAACCCCAUUGUCUCUGUCUGCACCCCUCCAUCUCUCAACCCCUCAUCUCUGUCUGUCUGUCUGAAUCAAGACUAGACCGAAACAAAUCUCUGAGGAAAAAAUAGCAAUAUGUAGUAACUUUUAAUACUAGCUUUUAUUCAUUAAGUAUUUAUUCAUCGUUGGUCGAGUAUUUAAAGUGUGUGAAGCGAAUUCAAACAUGUUGCCCGGUACUGUAGCGCCCUCUACUGAACCAAAAAUACACUGAACUUCUUUAUCUCUGUGUCUUUGGGGCUUAAGAAGGUCAUAUUGUUUUGGCUGCAGCCCUACAGUUUCAGAUGUCAUACGACCGUAUUUGGGGACCAACCUCUGAAAAAGCCACAGCUGUUUCCUCCCAUACAGAUGUUUGUGUCGCUUUCGGCGCUUCAUCGCCGCCUGUAACCGCAUCUCCGUGUCAUUUUUGCUCAAAUACGUGCCUUUCUCUUCAGGAAUCCUUUUUAUUCUCCUGAUAUCAUCAUCAUCUCUCACAGCAUUCAUCUCCUUUUUAUUUGUUUACCUGUUAAAAUGUUUUUUUUGUGUGUGUGUGUGUGCGCCCGUCUUUUAAAACUUGCGUUUGUUUGCUUUCGUUAUAAUCCCCUGUACUUUUAAAUCUGUUAUUUGUAUCGGUCA